AUAUUAUUUCUCGUUCUCAUCCAGUGCGAAAACACGGACUUUUAUUUUGACAUGUCGUUGAGCAACAGUAAUCCUUAUCCGCCACACACACGCCUGUGUUGUUAUACGAGCGCAUCUAAGCAUCCGGGAAUUUUUCUCAGCACUUUGAGAUGGAGGCGUUGCUGAAGAGAGAGCUGGGCACAUCUCUUCUGAAGAGCACUGGUCACUCAGGAGGAGGAUGCAUCAGUGAAGGCCAGAGCUUUGACACUGACACUGGGAGAGUGUUCGUCAAGAUCAACCACAAGAAUGAGGCUAGAAGGAUGUUUGAUGGAGAGAUGGGAAGCUUGGAAGCGAUCCUGGCUACAAACACAGUGAAAGUGCCCAAGCCUGUGAAGGUCGUGGACCUCGAGAAAAGUGGCGCUCUUCUCAUAAUGGAACAUGUGGAGAUGAGGAGCUUGAAUAAAUACUCAUCAAAGCUGGGGGAACAACUAGCUGACCUGCAUCUUUACAACCAGAGACAGAUAGAGAAACAAAACAAGGAACAGCAGACUGUUGGAAAAGGAUCAGGAACAUCAGAAAUGCAAAUAGUCAACAAGUUUGGCUUUCACGUGGCUACCUGCUGUGGUUAUAUCCCUCAGGUAAAUGAUUGGCAGGAUGAUUGGGUGUCCUUUUUCGCCCAGCAAAGGCUGCAGUACCAGCUCGGCUUGGUGGAACAGUCAUAUGGAGACAGAGAGGCCAGGGAAUUGUGGGCCAAACUCCAACUGAAGAUCCAUCAGCUGUUUACAGACAUAGAGGUGGUUCCAGCUCUGCUGCAUGGAGAUCUCUGGGGAGGAAAUGUGGCCGAAUGCUCUGACGGUCCAAUCAUCUUUGACCCAGCAUCGUUUUAUGGCCAUUCAGAGUUCGAGCUGGCUAUUUCUGGCAUGUUUGGUGGUUUUGGGAGCUCGUUUUACAAUGCGUACCAUGACAAGAUCCCCAAGGCCGCCGGCUUUGCAAAGAGGCUACAACUGUACCAGCUGUUCCACUAUCUGAACCACUGGAAUCAUUUUGGUGGUGGCUACAGAGGUUCUUCUCUACGGAUCAUGAAGGAUCUAACAAAGUAGAUGCAUCCUGAUUCUUUAAGUCGUCAUUAAUUAAGGUGGAUGCAUCGUCAAGAUGAAAAAGUCUUAAGAUAAUUUAAACAGAGGAAAAAAAAAGAUAUGUACAUUUAUGCUUCCAAACAAUGGCCAAAAAGUGGUUUAAAAUACAUAAUUCCUUUUUUAUUAUUUUUGCGAAUUGCACUUUAACUUGACUACAUGAUUAUGCUCUUGAAGAAAGUCUCAUGUACAAGACUCCUUGAUUUAAAAUGUGUGCACUAAGUAGCAUCAUACGAUAAGUAUGCAUUUCACUAAGGUAUUACUAACUGUUAAUCUACUGAUGAUUUAAAACUAUAGUAAGCUUGUUGUACUGUAAACUUACAGCUUGCAGGAGUCUCAUCAGAUACAUACAGGAUGUUUGAACAUUCAAAUAAAACCUUUAAAACAA